CAUUCAACAUCAACAUAUAUACAAAUUAAAGAAAACACACAUUGUCUCAACCAAAACUCCAUGGCAACUACUUCAACUAUAUUCAAUCAAGAAUUAAUGGACAAGUUCCACUACUCAAGAAGAGUACUACUUGUAAUACCAACUACUACAUUACAACAAUACCACCCCGAGACCACCGUGGCGCCGCCUCCGGCAACCGGAAUCAGCCUAAACACAACAGAUGAUCAACCAUCAUUUGAUGCAAAAGUUGUGAUGGUCUUGUCUGUACUUAUAUGUUCCAUAAUUUGUUCAUUUAUCGCCAACUGCAUUGUAAAGUGUGCAUUGAGGUGUGCUAGCCGCCGAGUAUUGGCAAACUCAUAUUCCUCAAACCAUACAAACCCAUCUGUAGCAAAGCUAGCUAAUACAGGGAUCAAGAAAAAAGCCCUCAAAACAUUCCCAGUUAUAAAUUACACUAGAGAAAUAUUGAUGAAAUAUCCUGGGGUUGGCACUGAGUGUGUAAUUUGCUUAUCAGAAUUUGGAGUUGGAGAAAAAGUUAAGGUUCUGCCUAAGUGCAACCAUGGGUUCCACGUCAAGUGUAUUGAUAAAUGGCUCAAUUCACACUCUUCUUGCCCUACUUGUAGGCACUGCCUUAUUCAAACUUGCCAAAAAAUUGUAAAUGGAGGCACUUCUGUUACUACAACUGCAAUUCCAAACACUCAAGUAGCUACAACAUCGGCACCAGUUCAAGAAAUCAUAAUAGGGAUUCAAUCUCUCCAACCUGAGGGUGUUGUAUCUAAUAAUCUAAGUUAGUUAGAAAUAUAGGAGUAAUAUCCAGUAGCGUAUGUAGCGUGGGUUUAAUUGUUACGUAUAAAAAUUCACUCAAAUUGUAAGAAAUACUAAAUAUGAAACCACAACUUUGUAAAUUUGAUGAGUUCAAUGUUAAAAUCUUUAACUAUUGAAUAAAAUUUAAAUUCUGGAUCCGCCU